AUGGCAAGUUAGCAAAUCAAAGAUUUAGAAAAGCCAAAGCAAAAUCUAGAUUCAGCAGUUAUGAGUUAGAACGAAGGAUUUGGGAAUAAGAAUGAAUAAAAAUUAGAGUCUAAUUAUAACAUAAUGAAUUAUUAGAAGGCGCUUCAUAAAAUUAUGUCUGGAGAAAAUACAAUGAAUUAAUAAUUUACAAAAAAAAAUUAAUAGUAGAAUUAGAGUGCUUUUAAUUUUAGUACAUUAAUAAAAAAUUAGACUUAGAAAGUAAAUUAAUGCACUGAUUCUCCAACUAACUCUCAGUUAUCAAAAAUAAUGAGGGGCAAUUCACCACAUUAAAAAAAAGAUGAUUAAACUGCAUUAAUGAGGUUACAAAGCAAUAUUCAAUUCGAAUAUGUUCCAAGAAAGGAGAUACAAGGAUUUGACAAUUAAAAAAUGGCUAUUAAUUAAAAUAAUCAAAAGGUAGUGUUUGUGAAUUUCUAAAUGAGAAUCAUACCACAUGUCACUAUUAAUCAAGGAAUAAAUGCUCUUAUUUAUGGCACAAGUGCUACUCUUUGUAUUCCAACAAAUAAGUACUCUUGUAGGGUACUUAUUGUAAUGUCUACUACAAGUGCAGAUAAGCUUAAAAUCCUGAACCUCAAGAAAAUGACUGAAAAGUAGAUUGAUAUAACUAAAAUAUGUGACAUAGAAUAUGGUAUUCAAAAUACUAAUCAUUCAAACAUUAGAGGUAUUGAUAUUAAUAAAGUAGUGUCUUUUGUAAUAAAUGAUCGUGAAGAAACUGAAUGCCUAUUACAAUUUGACGAUACAUUAACUCGUGAUAUAUUUUUCUAAGGAUUUUAGUACUUUGUUAAGCAGUCCCAUAAAACUAUGAUCAACAGUGGCAACAUAUUCAAGUUGAGAUAACAGAUAGAAAAUCAGAUAUUAGAGGAUUAAAAUAAGCCUGAUUAACAAACAUACGACAUGAAUGAAAUACAAGAUAUUUUUGAAACAAAAGUUUAAAUGAAUAUUUCAAGGAGUUACUUAAAAAAAAUUUACUUUGAUAUCGUUAAAAGAGAAUUAGACAUGCAAUUAGCAUCUUAAAAAAUAACUUACAUUUACUAUCGUAAAAUAUUGAGUGAUAACUCUUGCUUUUUGAGCCCAAUAAAUAAUACUCAGUUUUUAGAGAUUAUAGACUUUAUGAUUGAUAGGAAAGAACUAGUUCCAAUAUUUGAAAAAGCAAUACAAUCAGAUUCUAAAAUUAAAAAUAAAGCUUAAAACUAGCUUACAAUCGAAGGGUUCAGAUAAUUUAUUCUUUAUCAUUAAAAGGAAAUAGUGAGCAUAAACGAAAUACAAAAAAUAUUCUCAAAAAUAUAAUCUACAGAAAAAAAGGAAUUAGAUGAGUUAAACUAGUAAGGUGAGCACGAAAAGAAACAAAGUAAGAAUGAUGAAUAAGCAGAAAAUAUUAAUGAACUAGAUGAUGAUAAAUCUAAAAAGAAAAACACUAUAUCCUUUUAAGGAUUUAUCCGUUAUAUUUAUUCCAAGAAUAAUUCUAUUUUUAAUCCGAAAAAAGAACAUCUCUACAUGAAUAUGAACAAACCUAUCAAUGAGUAUUAUAUAUCAUCAGCUAAAAAUAUUUUCCAUGCUAACUUUGAUAUCAUUACCAUGAGAUAAAUUGCUGGAUUUAACUACAAUGAUCAUGAAAAGUAUUUCCCCUUGCUUUACGUCCUUAGCAGAGGAGCACGUUACAUUGAAAUCGAAGUUUGGGAUGGAGAUGGAGAGCCUAUUAUUAUUUACGGACCUAUCAUGAAUUCUAAGCUAAAUGUAAAUGAGUUCCUAACUCAGUUGAGCAAAUAAGCUUUUGUGAUAAAUCCAUUCCCUUUGUUUUUAAAUAUUGUCCCUCACUGUAGCAUAAAAUAAUAAUUUAAACUCAAAUAUCUAAUUGAGAAAAUUUUAGGAGAUAGAAUUUAUGUGCUGCCUCACGACUACAAGGAAAAAUCAAAUUUACCUUCUCCUAAUGACUUAAAGUAUAAAUUUAUCUUGAUAGGAAAGCUACCUCAUUAGUAUGAUGGUUUGAUUUAAGAAUAAUACACAACCUAAGAUAUUAUGAAACUCUAAUAAACUUAGCAUACACCUGCAUAGAAUGUUACAAUAUCUCCUUAACCAUAAAAUAUUGUUACAAAUAAUAAUCUUACUCCAGAAUAAGUAAAUAACUAAGAAAGCUAACCGCCACAUUCUAACAUAAAUCUUAACAAUAAGAGUUUAGAAUAAAUUCCUCAUUCUUAAAACUUGUUACAACCUUAGUAGCUAACUAAUAAUUAUCCUACACUAAACACAAACAGCUCGUAAACAGCUUUGAUCCCUCAAUAAACUUAAAAUUAAAUGAAAUCAAUUUAGUCUAAUAAUCAAGUGGAUGGUACUUUGCUUACUCCUGUUCGUAACUUUUCAUAUAAUAAUAUUUAAGACUAUUCUAUUGAAUAAGAAAUGAACUAAUUAAUAUUGCAAGAAGAAAUGGAAGAAAAUAUCAACGUCUUGCUUACUCAAAAUAAAUUAAUUUCCACCAAAGAAAAAAGUAAUUACAAUAUAGCAGAUUAGAUUGGCACUCACCUUUCUAGCAAAGAUUCAGCUAUUUAAGAUGGACCUUUCAGAAGAGGUAAUCCUUCUACAGUAAAAGCAAUAGACAAUUUUUUUGCCAAGAAUCUUGAAGCACCUAAAUUUAAAAAAUUUUUAUAAUCUAAAUACGAUGAUUCUACUCCACUUAAUUAAGCAAAAUAAUAUUCUAAAUCAAGUGAUGAUAGCAGCUCGGAUUACCGUAAUCAGGAAUUUCAAUCAGAUGAAAUUAUUGAGGCUUAGCGAGGAGUUUACAAUAUGCAUUAUAAUCCUGCUUCUUAACGAAUGUAAAUGACAACAGAAAGAAAAUCUAGCGUAGGAAGCAAUUAAUCUCCAAAAUAAAAUAGUUAAAAGGAGAAAAAUAAAUCUAUUGACUUGUAAGGUAAUCAAGAUCAAAAUUUAAUACCAAGUACUCCUCCUAAAAACAAAAAAAGUAGUUAAUUAUAAGUCCCUACAGGAAAUCCGGGUGGAAAUCAAAGUUUAGCACACUUAAGUAGUACCACAUUUUAAGUUCACUGCAUUAGAGAUUAUGCACCAAUUUUAGCUUCUAACAGUAUUGAGAGUUUGUUUAGCAUGUAUGUCUCGAAGAUUUUAAAGAAAAAACCAGCUCUAUGGGAAAUAUAUGAACUUUCAAACAGAGAAUUAAACAUGCUGAAUGACAACAGAUUAGGUUAUUCUGUUUUAUCCUCAUACGCUUCUAUAGAAUAGUUUACAAAAUAUUAUUUAUCAAUUACUAAACCUACCUGCAAGCCCUCAGAUUCAUUAAAUGAAAACCCGAUUUAUUAUUUUAAUAAAGGAAUCCAAUUUGUUUUAUGUUUUUUCCACACUUUUGAUAAAAAUAGUUUGAUUUAUUAAUCAAAAUUUUAUGAAAAUGGAGGCUAAACAUGUGGUUAUAUUCUAAAGCCCUUUUAAUAUAGAAAUCACAUGGUAACGGCAGCGAAGAGAGUUAGACAAAAAUCUUAAGCUGUAGAUGAUGUGGGUAAUUAACUAUUUUUUAAUUCUAAAAUAGACGAAAUGGAAGAACUUAUUUAUGAAAAUGAUGAGGAAGCUGAGGAACUUAAGAUGUUAACAGCUAAUAAAUAAAGACGUUAUUACACUCAGAUCAGAAUUAUAAGUGGGUACAACAUUCCAACUCAUCAUUCGGAAAAAGUCGAUCCCUUCGUAGAAAUGUAUGUAUAUGACGGAGAUUAAAUAAUGAGUUUCAAGACUAAUUUAGUAGAAAACAACAAUGUCAAUCCAAAAUGGGAUUAAGAAUUUAAAUUUACUAUAAACAAUCCCUCGUGUUCUUACAUAUUAUUUUAAGUGGUAAAUAACUGUCACUAAAGUCUGCUUGGCUGGUAUUCAAUAGCUUUCAAUAACAUACGUUAAGGUUAUCGUGUUGUCCCACUAAGAGAUGGCUAUUUUAAUACUAUUAAAAACUCGUUCGUUUUAUGUGAAAUCAGUAUUGUACGUGAUAAUUAAGGGACCUGA